AGGGGCAGGGGAGCGCGGGCGGCACCGAGCCGAGCGGCAGAGCUGCGGCGAUAAAGCCGCUCCGCUCCGCGGGGCCCGCCCGGCCCCUCCCCGCCCGCCGGGCCCGCGGGGGUCCCCCGGGCCGCCCCCCCGGGCCCGCUCGGCGCUGCGUCAGGGGCGGGGGGCGAGGGGUACUUUAAUCCGGGGCGCUCCGGGCCCCCCGCCCGCCGUGCUCUAAUCGGGGGGGCUCGCAAAUUUUUGCAUUUUCCCCGUUGUUUGGUUUUUUAUUUUUUAUUUUGCUUUUGGUUUUUUUUCCCUAUUUUUAAGCACAUGCUUUUUGUUACUGUUAUUUUUUCCAAGGUGAUGUUUCCGUGCUGCCGGCCGCGUUUCGCAGCCGCGGCCGGGCCCGCGCAGGCUCCGGGGGCGAAUCCGCGGUGCCGGCCCCAGGCGCUGGGCUGCGGCGGCCCGGCCGCGCUCUCACGGGAGAAGCGCCUGGCACCGGCCGGCCUCCUGGAGUCCUGCUGCUUCACUGCAUCUCGCUCACCUCGCCAAAAUGCUGGAGCGUUUUCACCUUUUGUUUUUUUCUCCUCAAUUUUUUAAUUUUUUUUUUAAUUUUUUUUACUCUUGUCGUUCCCUUCUUUUUUUUUUUCUCUACAACUUCUAAUAGAACGGGAUAACGAGAAGCUGCUCCUCUAGAAUAGUGGCCUGCAAUAACGCAAAGAUUUUUAUUUUUUUUCUGAUAAGGCCUUAUUUGUGGUGCUUUUUCAUCCAGAAAAAAUGACGUGACUCCCGUGCAAGUUUAAUUUUUCACUUACAACAAGACUGCGGUUCAGCAGCUCUAUUUUAAGUUUUAAAUUUUUUAAGGUUUCAUUUUGAACUAUCAGAGAAAUGCUUUUGCCAUCAUACGCAGAGUGAUGCCCGUAUUUGUAAGGAAUGUUAUUUCUAGUCCAGUGACACAGGAAUUGCAAUCUUCCAGUUUUUUAGACCAAGCAUUUCUUCUUUAUUUUAUCGAGUCUGCAUUAAGUGUUGACCAUCAGCUCUCUUUGCAGACUGUAUACUAGAUAUUUCUGUUGUAGCUUCUAGGGACCUGAAAAAUGAAGUAAGAUUGUGCUUAACUAGCAUUUUUUUAACAUUCACAUGGUAGACUGUUAGCUUUGUGCGUUUGCCAUACAGCUUUAGAAUGGCAGUGUACGUUGUAGCCGUGUUUUCAUUGCUUGUUUCUUUGUAUUUUGCAUUAAUGCCGUGAGCUUUCAAGCCGUGUUUGUGUCAAAAGCGAUUUGUCUGUUUCACUGCAGAAAAGGAACCUCAGGAAUAUGUGGUCAAAUAAUAGAUGAUUGCUUUGGUAAUGGAUUGCAGUUUAAACGAGAUGUAAAAAUAAACAUUUUGAAAGAGUUUUAAGAAGUGUAUUUCAAAUUGAUUUAAUAAUUUACUUAAAACUGUUCCCGUUGUAAUUAAUAUUUUAUUUCUACUACCCUAUCUGAGGAAGAGUAAUUUUGCUUUAUAUUAAAGACUGAAACAAAGCAAAUGCUUAAAACAGUGUAAAAGGAACUUCAGGUAGGAAGUCGCACUGUCUUCAUUUUUGUAUAGCUUUUAAUGCUUUUCUCCGGAGACACAGCUAUAGUCAAUUGGUGAAUAGUCCUUGCUAAUGGGUGCCAAAAUCAGGCUGUAAAUUAAUUUUUUCUUUAGAAUAUUGCCAGUUUUGUGCUGCUUCAGCUCAGUGGACGUUUUGCUGACCUGUACCGUCCAGGAGAAGGGAAUGCCAGGAGUUUGAGCAGUGGCCAGGUCCAGGUGCUGGCUGUUUGCCUGUGUGACUGCUCCCCUGAAGCUCUGUGGGAUGGGCACAGGGAUAAUAAAUAAAGAGUUCAUCGGCUUUAGUUUGGUCAGGAUGGCUUCAUUUACCCUACGGAUGUUGGUCUUGCUUUUGCAUGUGAGUCUUCACCUGAAGAGUUUUGGGUUAACCCAGGGUCAGCAUAGGCAGAGUCUUUGAGAAGCACUAUUGCAUCUUGAGGAGUCGUUAGCAGGCACCUGUGAAGCAAAUUGUUCUCCAAAGGGCUUGGAUUAAUUUGGAUGGGUUUCUGCACACACAGAUAAUCAGGGCAAUUAUUCCAGUUUCAGGCUCACAAUGGCCAGAAUGCAAAUAUUCAUGAGGAGGGUGGACCCAUCUUGGUGGUCUUGUAGUUACUCACUUUCCUGUCUGCAUUUUGGCUGGUACCUGUCUCCUUGGCCAUCCCCGUGGUUGGUGCUUCCCGUGAUAAUUCCUGUAACUCCUGCAACCUCUGACAUGUGUGUACAUAGCUCAGCGCCCCAGGCCAGCCUUGCUUUGCUGCUCACUGAUUUCCCUGUAUUGCUGCUACGUCUCUUGCAGCUCACCAGCAGUGGUUUUUGCUCAGCAUCUACUGGGGACAGCUUGGUUUUUUAUCUCCUCUGUGCGAGGAAAUCAGUGCACCUGGUAAAGACAGCGUGAAUUAGUUUGUUCCUAUGGCUAGUAUCACAAAAGAUCCCAAAAGAUGGGAGGAAGGUUUCUGUUUAGCUUAUGGGUCCCUAAGAUACACUACGAUCCAAACCCAUGGAUCCUCUUCUUGAACUCGAGGUGUGCACAGCUCUUGUUCUGAGCCUGGAGAGAGGGGUCUGAGCCAGGUGUUUCUCCAUGGAUACCAUUUCUAGGGAGGAGAGGAAGGAAGCAUGGUGACCCAUCUCAGCACAGUGGGGUUUAUGGGGUUUUGCCUGUGCUUAAGUGUAACUUGAUCUGCCCUUAGUUGUAUUUACUUAAGGGAAUGAAAUUUUGCUUCUCCCCCUCUGGCACCAGGGAUCAUUGAUCAGUUACUCCAAACCAAAGUGGACUAAAUUAGUAGAUGCUUCCAGUAACUUAAUCUGCUAAAAUGUUCUGGGCUGCAUAGCUGGUUUUUAAUUGUAUAGUGGGAUUGUACUUUGCUCCACCAAGAUAACACUUGUUAAAUAAAUGAAAUUUUCCGUUUCAAAGGGAAUUAAUUUACAAUUCCAGCAGGUUUUGCAAUUUUCAAGGUUGACAUCAGAGUUACACUUAAAAACGAUCUAAUGCUUACCUCAGUCUGUAUUUUACUGUCUGCAGAAUGUUUCCCUCUGUAUACACUUGAGCAGAAAAUUGUGUUACCUACUUAAUACUCUUGGACUUAAUUUCUGAUGACAGAUUAGAAUUGGAAGAUCGGUCUGUGUUUGCAAGUUAGUUGGUUUGCUCAUAUUUUAAGUGUAUUCAUACAUAGCUAACGUGGUGCUGCAUGGGGUUUUGUAGGAUGUAUUUCGAUGUACUGGGUUUCAAGUUCUGUUUGUAAUCUGGCUUUGGCAAUCCAGCCGGCUGCCCCUUUAGCUCCUGAAAUACAAGCCUGUGCUAAAGCACUGCCAUGAACUGUCAUGGCUAUUGCUGAUACAUCUGUAAUGUACUUACCAGAUUGCUAAUUAACUCAGAGCCACACAAAACAACCCACUCAAAAUUCCUCUCUUUGUUGGCAGUCUCAGUGGAUUUGCAGGAUUUGAAAGGGCAUGGCCAGGAUUCAUUUGUUUUGGUGAUGUAAAUAAUAUACUUCUGUGAUUGCUUGACAGUUAAAAAGUUAGGAGUCUAUUUGGCAUGAAAGUAAAACAACAGUAGAAAUAGUGGGUCUCAGUUUCUUUCAGAUUUUUAGCCCUUAACUGUACAGUUAAUCACCAGAUGUUCCCAGUUUUAUUUUAAACAGUGAUAUAACUGGAGAUUUUAUGAUUUAAGGGAUAAGUAGCCCCAUGAAGUAUUUCAGAAAUUAACUGUAUAUAUUUUUUAGUGUAAAUAGGCAUCACUGCUCAUUUCUAGGAGUGACGUAGAUACAGUUGUGACAUGCGUUAGCUGGGUGCUUCUGAAUACCUAUUUUAGCUAGCUAUACACUUGAUGGUAAAAACAAACAAAAGCCUGUAGUUUUAAAAACAUUCAUCUAUUUGGUGCCUUAAAUCUGCUUCCCUUUAUACUUCCAGGGUGAAAAUCAAUUUGCAAUUAAAUGCUUUAUCUCACUAACAUGUGCUGUAAAAUUACUUUAGGUUUGGAGUUUUUUUCAUCUUUGUUAAUGAUGAAACGUUUUUUUCAGAAAAUCAGCUCACCUGCCAUUCAGCUUUUUUUCUGAAUGUGCCCAUUAUAAUUAGUUACCCAAAUAUUUUUUGACUAUUAAAAUACAAGUAAUUUAUUACCAGUCAGUCUGCAAUAAAGAAAUGGGUUUGAGGUUCUUUAGAAAGGAAGGUAUGCUUGAGCACUGCUAAUACAAGUUUGUCCAGGGGAGAAGAAAUGAACAAGAAAUACCACCUGUGUUGAGAGAAACUUGGGCUCUUUGGAUAGGCUAGUUCUGCAGUUGCAUUUGCAGUAGGUUUGCAAGGCAUUCCAUGCACACAGCCCAGCAUUCCUAAUGAUACGGGGGUGUUUCAGGCGUGCUUGAAUUUGCUGUUUGGGACAGAUUAUAUGGGUGGCUCUUCCUCAAGCCAAACUACUGCUACUGCGGAUAAUAAUAAUAACUAAGUCAUUAGCAUGUUGCUCAUUGACCAGCUGCAUUAGUAUGUUCUUUUGUACUUAAUAUAAAAAUUUUGGAAUCCUGGUGUUUGUACCUCUGCAAACAGUGCUGCAUGGAUCUCAAUGGCUUGUCAGCUUCCAUGGAGGAUUUUUGGAAUUGGCUCUGUGGAAGACUCCCAAAUCUGUUUCAAACCUCUGGCUCAGGAAGCCAUGCUGCUGGAAUAGUGCACCCAGGGCAGGUGUGGUCAUGGAAAUGGGUGUUUGCUGUGAGGUGCUUGUCCCAGAGCUGCAGAAGGAGCUUAGCUUCUGUCAGCACUGCUGCCAGCUCAGUGGCUGAUGGAACUACUCUGGCCUCCUUUCAUUAACUAGUAAUUUCUUCUCUAAUAUAUUCAAGAAAUGUGUGAAGUUAGAAGUCAUAUUUGAGACCAGCCUAGGAUUUGUUGGUGGGUGACUUUCUGAAUCUUCCUGUGUUUAAAUGCCAUACCUUCGAAAAUAAUACCAUUCCUUCACAUUCCCACAGAGUGAAAAUACACACAUACUCAUAAUCUCAUUAGUUAGAGUAAGGAUUUGUAAAUAUUCUUUAUUUGCACUGGUUAAUCCAAUUUUUUUUAUCUAUAAAAUGCAAGUAUUGCUAUCAGUCAAUACUUCUAACAGUCACAAUUUGUGGGUAGCAUUUGCACUAUGAACUGUGAGGAAAUGACUUUUGGGGGAAAAAGACUGCUGGAACAUGAAGUAAUUUUGUCAGGCUAAAUGUGGUUCCCACUGCUCACACUUAAGUCAGACUGAUGUGUGGUUAAGGCAAUGAUAAAUUUGGUCUUCCAUUUGUUUUUCACAUCUGAAGAAAUACCAAACACUGUAGCAGUGAAUUACUCUUGAACUGCAUUAUUAUUAGGAUGUAUCUCUUGUGGAACAGAAAGGUUGAAAUACUGUAAAAAGAAUAAAAAGGAGCCUUGAGUUUGAUUGCUUCAGAGUGUGUGUGUUGUGCUUGUGCAGUUGAUAGUGCUCUCUUGGUCAGGUUUUUCUGCAGGACAAGAUUUAGGGCCUGUAGUUUGUCAUUCUCAACACUUCUUUACGAUGUAGGAAAUUAGAAAGUGAUUCUGUGAUUUGAUAUUAAAUUAUCUGACUCCAACCCCAGAUUCUGUAGGAGAGGUUUUUAUUCUGUAUUUCAGCCUUGUUUCCAUUUUAUACUGUGGAUGAUUAAUGUGGUGGAAAUUGCUGUUUAAUUAUGUUUUGCCUUUACAAGAGACUGGAGAAAAUACAGUAAAAGAAAUAGACAUUAUUUGAGAAAGCAUGUAGCAAUUAAGAAGUGCCCAACAUCAAGCAGUUGUUACAAUUAUUUACUGAAAGUCAGUCUGACUGACAACAGCACAAACCCCAGUUUUUCAGUGCAGUAAAGUCCUGGAAAAGGUAAUGGCUAUUGAUGAAGAAGGAAAUCCACAUCUCUUGAAGUGUUUGAUCAAAGCACCCACAGGAUCUAGAUUUAGUUUCUGACCCUGCUACAGAUUUCUGCUUAAUACUGGAAAAGAUUAUCAUGCAGCUACGUAGGGGAGCAGAAGUAAGAUUGUAAAAGGAAUCCUAGUUCUCCUGUGUCUAUUUCUGAGCUUAAAGAUGACAAAUGCCUUUAUGUAAUUAGUGGGGGAAGAAAUGCUAAAAGUCUUCUUGGGUUAUCUGAAAAAACAUCAUGUGGAAUAAAUAGUCAGUUUUCCAGUCUGUCAGACUUUUUUUUUUUUUUUUUUUUUGCACUGAGAAGGCUGUAACACAUAUGAAUUAUCAAUUGAAGUGUAUUUAACCAGAUUGUUAAUUGUAGGUACUAUUUUUGAAUUUUCACACAUUUGUUGCUCAGACUAGUUUUGUGAAAUUACUGAUAUUUGCAAUCAUAUCAGUUGUCAAGGACCCUAAGGUAGGUAGUAUUUAAUUCAGGAAAAACUUAAUUUUGUUACACUGUGGACAUACUUGAAUUGAUUUUGGGAUACAGCUUUGUCAACCAUGGGAAUACAGGUUUCUAAAAUUCCUUAAUAAAAGUUUCACUAUUGUGAGGCUGUGUAUCAUUUGCCAUAUUACCCUUCUUCAUUGGUUUUUAUUUGCUGUUUUUAUAAGUUUUAUAAAAUUAUAGAGGUUUUGUACAUUAUUUAGAAGUGUAUUAAAAAUAAAAGUUAUGUCUCUUUUCAAAUGAAAUAAAUGCAUAUUAUUUCUAACUUCUCAGUGCUGUGUGCAUGAGGGGAAUGAACAAUCACAAGGUUGUUGAAUGUCUAGAGUAGCUUUUUUCCUGUCAUUCUUCCCUAGUUCGUUUGCACAUUCUAAGUUUGUAUUUUGUAACAGUAAAUUUUCUUCCAUGCCUGCUAUUACAAACUUUAUUCCAUUUCCCAUUAAUCAUCCUCAAAGCAUCAUCUUUGUCUCUCUAGGGAGUUUCUGCUACUGUCACUACAGGAAUUUUCCUUUGUCCAGCAGUACAGUUAUUCUUUAAAUGAGGAAUUCCUGCUAUUUUCCAGCCACACUGGGCUCUCCUCAUUCUGUCCUCUCAGCUGCUGGAGUUGCCAAGUGCCCCAAACGCCUUUCUGCUCCAGAGCAGCCAUGCCCUUUGCCAGCUCUUCCCUUGCUUCUCAGUUGCCUGAAUCCCACCUGCUGUUUUUUAGUUGUUGAUUCCUAGUUUUUAGUGGAGAUUCCUGUUUCCAGUUGCUAGAUUGAGUUUACAAAAAAAACUUUCUUCUAACAUUGCAUCUUUUCUCCAAAACAAGUGAUAGCACCCAGAAAAUUCUAUUUGUUUGAGUGUUAGUGGGGGAAAAAUUACAGGAGGUGCUCUCUAGAUAGGCAACUUGAUGAACUCUUCAUGAAAAAUCUUUUAUUUUUAACCAUCCUUUCCCUGCUCACAUGCCUUUGGUUUCCAAGUGUUCAGAAUUUAAUGUGUGUCUGGGAGUAUUUAUUUCUUUCCAGAUAAUUUGCAGGGGGUGGUGGUUGGUUUAUUUUUUUUGUUUUUUUUUUUUUUUUUAAUAAGAGCUUGCACCUCUUUGGUCCUGCUGGAUGGCUGUUCAAGGGAUCAGUGCUAGAGGGGGGGUGGCUGCCUGUGGUCACACACUCCAGUUCAGAGAUUUUCUGUUGAAUUUUUUUGCCUCAGGCUGAUUUUUUGUGAGAAGUGUUGGAACCAUCUAAAAGAAUGGUAAGAUUUUCUCUGCAUGGAUACCAUAGACAUGUUUUGGUGACUAAUCAUUUCAGGAAUGCAAGAUCCGUUACUGUCCUUGUGAAAAUCUGCCCAGAUAUCGUCAUUGAUGUGCCUGUGGAAAUUGACAGUUGCAACUUGCGUAUGAUCUGUGAAGAUUUGCGAGAGUUCACAAAGUCAACUCUCGAGUUUUCACUUCAGUAGACAAUGUUAUUAGCUCAGAUAAAUCGAGACUCUCAGGGAAUGACGGAAUUUUCUGGAGGAGGAAUGGAGGCCCAGCACGUGACUCUGUGUCUAACAGAAGCUGUAGCUGUGCAAGAUGGUGACAACUUGGAAAACAUGGAAGGUGUAAGUUUGCAAGCAGUUACCCUGGCUGAUGGCUCCACUGCUUACAUACAGCACAAUUCUAAAGAUGGUAAAUUGAUGGAUGGCCAAGUGAUACAAUUAGAAGAUGGUUCUGCUGCUUAUGUUCAACAUGUACCUAUGCCUAAAAGCAGGGAGAGCCUGCGUCUGGAAGAUGGACAGGCGGUUCAGCUGGAAGAUGGAACUACAGCAUUUAUUCAUCACACCUCGAAAGACAGUUAUGACCAGAGUGCUCUGCAAGCUGUGCAGCUGGAGGAUGGGACCACUGCCUACAUCCACCACACGGUGCAGAUGCCACAGUCAGACACCAUUUUGGCCAUCCAGGCUGAUGGCACAGUGGCAGGACUGCACACAGGAGAUGCUGCCAUCGACCCUGAUACCAUCAGUGCUUUGGAGCAAUAUGCAGCCAAGGUGUCUAUUGAUGGAAAUGACAGUGUUAGUAGCACAGGAAUUAUAGGUGAAAAUGAACAAGAUAAAAAAAUGCAGAUUGUCUUGCAAGGACAUGGAACAAGAGUGACUGCAAAGUCUCAACAGACUGGAGAGAAAGCCUUUCGCUGUGAUUAUGAUGGCUGUGGAAAACUGUACACAACAGCUCAUCAUCUUAAGGUGCAUGAAAGGUCUCACACAGGAGACAGACCAUACCAGUGUGAACAUCCUGGAUGUGGCAAAGCCUUUGCAACAGGGUACGGGUUAAAAAGCCACGUGCGCACACACACCGGGGAGAAGCCCUAUCGGUGCACAGAGGAGAACUGCACCAAAUCCUUCAAGACUUCUGGAGACCUGCAGAAGCACAUUCGGACCCACACAGGUGAAAGGCCUUUUAAGUGUCCCUUUGAAGGAUGUGGCAGGUCAUUCACAACAUCUAAUAUCAGAAAGGUUCACAUCAGGACACACACAGGAGAAAGGCCUUAUUACUGUACAGAGCCAGGAUGUGGGAGAGCUUUUGCCAGUGCAACUAAUUAUAAGAAUCAUGUGAGAAUACACACAGGGGAGAAGCCCUAUGUGUGUACAGUCCCUGGCUGUGACAAACGUUUCACAGAGUAUUCCAGUUUAUACAAACAUCAUGUUGUACAUACUCAUUCCAAACCAUACAACUGCAAUCACUGCGGGAAGACCUACAAGCAGAUCUCUACCCUUGCUAUGCACAAACGGACAGCACACAACGACACAGAGCCCAUUGAGGAAGAACAAGAGGCUUUCUUUGAGCCAUCUCCAGGUCAAGGUGAAGAUGUGCUCAAAGGCUCCCAGAUCACCUACGUGACAGGUGUAGAGGCAGAAGAUGUCAUUUCUGCACAGGUUGCUACAGUUACUCAGUCAGGAUUAGGCCAACAAGUAGCACUAAUAUCCCAGGAUGGAACCCAACAUGUGAACAUAUCCCAGGCAGACAUGCAGGCCAUCGGCAACACCAUCACCAUGGUGACGCAAGAUGGCACCACCAUCACAGUUCCUGCCCACGACGCCGUCAUCUCCUCGGCCGGAACGCACUCGGUGGCCAUGGUCACUGCAGAGGGCACCGAGGGACAGCAGGUUGCAAUUGUGGCCCAAGACUUAGCAGCGUUUCACAGUGCCUCCUCAGAAAUGGGACACCAGCAGCACGGACACCAUCUAGUGACUACAGAAACUAGACCUGUCACAUUGUUGGCUACAUCCAAUGGGACACAAAUUGCAGUACAGCUUGGAGAACAACAGUCUCUGGAAGAAGCCAUUAGAAUAGCCUCCAGAAUACAACAGGGGGAAACUCCAGGGAUUGAUGAUUAACUUGUAAAACUGCUACCAGAACAAUAGAGUGAAAGGUAUUUUAUUUUCAACCAACAAAGGUCCAUGCCAGCAACAGCCCGUAAAAACUUUGAAGUCCCCCACUCACUGAUACUGUGUACACAUUUUAUGCAAGAGUGAAGAACAUUUUAUAAGUUUUGUGUACAUAACCCUUGGAAUGGACUGACAUCAUCUACUUCCAACCGUUGCAUUCAGGAAUAUGGAAUUAGGAUUUAUAUGGUAAACUUCCUUGUUAUCCUUUCGUCAGAUUUCAGACUGGUCUACAAGCAAGUAAAAAGCAGAAGUAUUGGAAUUAAUUUUCAAUGUCAUGUACAAAUAAUGAAGGCAUUACUGAAGAUUUCUUCUGUUUAAAUAACCAUUUCAGGAACCCUUACAAGUAAAAAAGGCAACAAAGCCUUUUUAAAUUGCAUUCCAUUAAUGGAAAAGUCUUGGAUUUUGAGCCUACUACUGUAAAUCUUCGUAUUUUGAUUUGUUUCAUACAGAUUUGAAUACUCUUAAGAUGAUCUACCCCAUCUCAUUCAUUGUAAAUACAGACUGUUAAUGCUGGAAGUGCUAAUUAUAUUAUCUUUAAAUUGGAUUAUGUACAAAGAACUGGUUGUUCAAUAUUAAAGAAAGUAAAUCUAAUGAUUUUGUUUCUUUACAUAAUUUUACUUAAGAUGUUACUUUCAAAUUAUUAUGCAAUAAAAUAUAGCAAGAUUGUAUUGUUUAGAUAGGAUGAUAUUGUCAUGUGAUAUACUGUUUUACUUCUUACUGAGACUGAAGUUCAAAUUAUUUAUUUACGGCCUUGUAUAAAUUUUUCCAAAGUUUAUUUAUCAUAAACUUAAUUUUUUGGCAUUAAUUUUGAUUGUAAUUCACUAUAGUGUAUUGAGGAAAUACUAGUAAUAGUUAUUUCAGACGUUCUAAAACACUACAAGAGUGACUUUCUCUAAAAGGUGAAGUUACCCAUUUUCAAGUGAACUAUUUUCAAAUGGUGCAUUUGCAGCAAAAGUACAAGUACUAAUAGUUGUUUUCAACAGUUCUGAGUGCCUGCUGCUAUCAGUCAGUACCUAGGAUGUGCUUGAUAAUCAGUGCUUUUGAAAAUCAGGACACAAGUUACUAGAAAAAAAGGGAUUAAUGAUGAUGUAUGUGCAAUGCUCCUCUCCAACUAUCAUUUUGUAAAGGAAAAAAUCCAUUGCAGAUAUGUCUAACAUAUACAGCAAAAUGUAACCUUCAAUUUUUUUAUAUGAAGAAGUGUUUUUACUCUUGUCUUGUUAGCAAGCUGGUUAAGCAAGUUAAAAAAAUUUGGCUUCCUGUAAGAUUCUGUGCUUAUUUUAGAUUAGUGUCAAGAGCACUUCUGAAACUGAAGCCUCAUCUUUUGCUUUCUCAAGGGAAGGAUUGAACAUCCUCUGGACAAAAUCUUUAUUAGGGAAUCCCAAGUAGUGUGAGGUGCACAUCCUAUAUGAAAAAAUGAAGUCCAUAACUAAGUACCUUGAGGUAUUUGACCUCAGGAAGGCCAAGUUUGAAUAGAAUGAGCCGAUUUAUUGUGAAUUACUGUAUCAGUGUGGGUCGCAGCCUUUUAUGUUUUCUACACAGACACCAGCUGUAAAGUGCAGUGAGAGAAUACAGUACUGUGGGAUAGAUGGGGACAAAGCAAAGGCUAUUUUCUGCAUAAAUGACAAAGUAAAACUUGGAAACAUUUAGGUUGUCUGUAACUUCUGUAUAGGAUUGAGGUUGCUUGCUCACUUAGGUGCCAGUUUUCCUGAAAUGUUGUAAAUCUUGAUAUCCCAUUGAGAUAAAUGUACUAUGCAAGGAGGAUUAAUUGCCUGUCAACUAGAUCAGUUUCUUAGUACUUACCACCUUUUAGAAAUUAAACUUGUAUCAUUUGA